AUGAGGCGCCAAUUCUGGGCGCAGGCCGCCGCCGUGGCAGCUUUUCUUGGUAGUGUUUGCGCGCAGUUGGACACCUUGCCAGCUUGUGGUGUUGUGUGCGUCAACAAUGUCAUUGCCAAGGGCUUCGGCUGCGCAUCGGGGGACAACACUUGUCUUUGUAAGCAACAAGACUUCGUCUUCGGUAUUCGAGACUGUGCCGCGCAGUCAUGUGCGGCAGAUGAGACUACCAAGAUUAAUGACUACGUCGCCGGCCUCUGCGCAAUAAGCACUACUGCCCCAACUCAGGCCAGCGCAGCCGAGACUCCGGCCUCUAAGCCCAUCACCGAGGCUGCACAGGCGACUCAACUUCUGACUACUGCACCCACCACACUAUCUGCUUCUGCCCCGAACGCUGGAGCAGAGAAUCUGACCGGCGAGGCUGCAGGCCUCUCCAUGCCGGCCAAAAUUGGCAUUGGAGUGGGUGCUGGCGUCGGCGUCCUUGCAAUAGCUCUUGCUCUGUGGCUCCUCAUCAGGCGACCAAAGAAUCAGUCACGCUCCCUGCAGAUCUCCGGCCCAAUGCCGGGUUCUGGGAGAGACUAUACGGGAGGCAUCUUGGGCAUGAAGGAGAAGAACCAUUCAGAACUGGAGAUGAGGUCGAGAAGAUACGAAGACAUGGUGCCACGUCAGUCACCGAGACGCUUGAUAUGA